AUGUUGCAGAGGAUCCCGUCCACCUACAAGUGCACGCCCUCAACCUCAGCAACCCCACGCAAGAUCAUGGAGCGACUCGCCGAUGCGGCGAUUUCGCUGGUCUGUGAAAACAACAAUCUGAUGGGAACCAUCGACGCUCUUCAGUGUGUCAUUCUCCAAACCGUGUAUCUGGCAAACGGUGGAAAUCUCAGACUAUCUCUCUUGGCCUGCCGUAGAGCAGUAUCAAUCGCCCAACUCAUGGGCAUCCACCGCCCCCACGACCAAUCGCCCGUCGAGACAGUCGACCCCUCCGGUGCCCCUGAUACUCGCUUCGUCUGGUUCCGGAUAGUCUAUAUUGAACGUUUUAUCUGCCUGCUCUUAGGCUUGCCGGACAGCACCAGAGACCACCACUCCGGCCUGGCCUCGGACGGAACUAUCCUUCCACCCCUCGACGAUCAUCCAUUAUGCAGGCUUGAGCAGGUACACUGCGCAGUUGCAUCCAGAAUUAUUCAAAGGAAUCAGAAAGACUCUCAUGCCAGCAUGUUCGAAACAACUCAUACCCUCGACCUCGAAAUGCGCAUGGCAGCCGCCGCCAUGCCGCCAAGAUGGUGGACUCUCCCUAAGUUCACCUCACUCGGCAGUAAAGCACUCAACUCGGUGACAGAAAGCCUGCGUCUCUGCGGCCAAAUAUUUCACUACUUCCUUCUGGUUCAGCUCCAUCUCCCCUUUAUGCUUCGCAGCACACCCUCUGGUGCGGCAAGCACCAGCAGAAUCGCCUGCGUCGAUGCAUCCCGCGAAAUACUCUCGCGGUUUGUGACUAUACGCAGCGCCAUAGGUGUGUGUAGCAUCCCCGAUGCCGCAGAUUUCUUCGCCCUCAUAGCCGCCAUGACUCUUCUCCUGGCUCAUAUUGAUGCGCGCAGACGGGAUGGUGGGAACGAUGUGCUGGCGCACCAGAGACAUACAGAUCGUGACAAGAUAGAAGAGACGCUGGACCUGAUGCGAGAGGGUAGCUCGACGUCGACCGACAUGCUGGCGAUGAAAAGUGCGGAUGUCCUGGUGAGACUACUAGAUAUCGAGGCUCAUGCAGCAAGAUGCUCAGCAUUUACUACAAACUCAACAACUGGCUCGAUGUUGACACCAUCUUCGGAAAGCAGAGAGGUUCAUGGGGGAGAGUCGAGUAUUCUGCGGCUCAAGAUCCCGUGCUAUGGCACCGUCACUAUCUCGCCCGAUGCGCUGCUUUCGCGUGAGCCUUUCAGGCCGAUCAAUCACCAAGUCCAGCAAGAACAAGCGCGUAUCGAUGCUUGUACCGCUUCGGCCGUUUCGCCGGCUGCGCUGAUGGAGAUGGAUGAGACAACCGGAGCAGGACCUGGACCAAGCGUGCCUUUCAGCUCCGAUCAAGGUCUCCUAUUGCAUCCAAGCACUGAGGGCAAUUGGCUCACAGAUGGCCCAAGCCAUCAGCUUUAUCGUUCUGGGUUCUCUGUAGGAGUGGAAGACUGGGCAUUUCAAGGAGUGGAUGCGGCAUUCUUUGACAGCAUGAUUAGGGGGUUCGAGGAAUCGGACUCAACAUGA